UCCCAAAGAGGGGCCCAAUUUGCAUCAUCUUCCUCUCAAUCACGCAAUGGCUUAUUGACGUUUAGCAGUUUUUUCUUUGCUGGGAGCGGGUGAGGGAUGUGUCCUUCCCCAGGUCCAUCCUUCCGUUCGUGGUAGAGUCGAUCUUUACAUAACGUAUGGCCUUUUCUAUGUGGAAAAUGUAGACAAGCACAAUCAGACAGGUCACCCAGCGACUGAUCUAGGCGGGGUAAAGCAACCAGAGGCGUAAAAAACAUAUUCUUCACCUCCUGGCCAUCGCUGUUCUAUAUUUGCCUCCCUAUAAAUUCCGGGUUCUACUGCAGCCAGCAGCCAUGUUUCCACGCCUUACUAGCUUUCUUUUCCGCCCAGUCCUGCUAUCUGCUAGCGCAUAAUUAGCAUUAUCUUCCAUUUUCCAGCACCCACUUAAUACUAGUGUCUCAUCUCUUUGGCAAUCCCCGCCCCCUUCCCAUGUCCGUCUCCAGCCAGCCGGCUACUGGCCCGACUGUGAACUACGUCGAGCCGCGUGCAUCAACCAAGAAGUGGUUGAAGGACAAUGUCGUGCCUUCAAAACAAUCGUCAGUGGACUAUGCCAAGUCGCUGUUCCCGAUCAUGACCUGGAUCUACCGCUACAACUGGACCUGGUUCCUUGGCGAUGCAGUUGCUGGCCUUACAGUCGGUGUUGUGGUCAUUCCGCAGGGCAUGGCCUAUGCCAAGCUGGCCCAGCUGCCGCCCGAGUUUGGUCUCUACUCGUCGUUCGUUGGCUGUGCGCUGUACUUUAUGUUUGCCACCAGCAAGGACAUUACAAUCGGGCCUGUUGCUGUGAUGUCGACGCUCUUGGGCAACAUUUUGACUGACGUACUGCCGCAGCUGCCGCAAUAUAAAGACACACCUUGGAUAAUUGCUGGCUGCAUGUCAGUGGUUCUAGGCUGCAUUGUGACCGCGCUCGGCCUUUUGCGUCUUGGCUUUAUUGUUGACUUUAUUCCGCUCCCCGCGAUUGCUGCGUUCAUGACCGGUUCGGCUCUCAACAUCGCCAUGGGUCAGGUACCGGCCUUGCUGGGAAACAACUCUGUCAAAUCGUACAACACACGUGCACCUACGUAUCUGGUGUUUGGAAACUUCUUCAAGCACAUCAAGUCAUGCGACAUCAACUCCGCGGUUGGCCUGACCGCGCUGGCUGCUGGCAAGCGCUGGCCCCAGAGGGAGCGCCUGUUCUUUUUCCUCAGCACUCUGCGCACAGCAUUCGUCAUUCUGCUGUACACGCUCAUCUCAUACCUGGUCAACCGCCACUCGCGCACCAAGCCAAGGUUCUCCAUCCUGGGCACCAUUCCCAAGGGCUUCCGGCACAUGAAUGUUCCCCACAUCAGCUCGGACAUUCUCAGUGCUGUCUCGGGCCAUAUUCCGGCAGCCAUCAUCGUGCUGAUCAUUGAGCAUAUCUCGAUUUCCAAGUCGUUUGGCCGCAUCAACAACUACACCAUCAACCCGAACCAGGAGCUGAUUGCCAUCGGUAUCACUAACAUAUGUGGCCCGUUCUUCGGCGCAUACCCGGCCACCGGCUCGUUCUCGCGUACCGCCAUCAAGGCCAAAGCCGGUGUACGCACGCCGCUCGCUGGAGUGAUCACUGCGGUCAUGGUUGUGUUUGCCAUCUAUAUCCUGCCCCCGGUCUUCUUCUAUAUCCCCAACGCCCUGCUGGCUGCUGUCAUUAUCCACGCUGUCGGCGACCUGAUCUCGGGCCCCAAGGCCCUCAGGCAGUUCUGGAAGAUCUCGCCCAUCGAGUUUUUCAUCUUCUGGAUAGGCGUCAUUGUCUCUGUAUUUUCAGGCAUUGACAACGGCAUCUAUGCCUCUGUCGCCGCCUCUGCUGCACUGCUGCUGUUCCGCAUUCGCCAAGGCCCAGGGCAAUCCCGCAAUGCCUUUGUGUCGCUUGACCACUCGGACGGCACCAAUCCCUCAGUCAAGCCCACGCCCCCGCCCAGCGGCAUCUUCAUCUACCGGCUUAACGAGAGCUACCUGUAUCCCAACGCUGUGCAUUUCACUGACCAUAUGGUCGAGCAGAUCCUUCUCGAGACCCGGCCUGGGGUGGUCAACCCGUACGGCUCUCUCGGAAACCGGCCCUGGAACGACCCAGGACCUCGCCACAAGACCGAGUCCGACAUCGACAUGUCGAAGCCCGAGCUGCGCGCUGUCAUUCUGGACUUCUCUGGUGUCUCCAACGUGGAUAUCACUUCGGUGCAGAACCUGACCGAUGUCCGCCAGCAGCUCGACCGCCAUGCCGACUGCAGCGUCUCGUGGCACUUUGCCGGUAUCAAGUCGCAGUGGAUCCGCCGGUCUCUGAUUGCUGCUGGCUUUGGCUCCUCGAAAAUCGCCACUCGCACCAUCUUCAGUGUUGCCAACAGUGGCUCGGCUCAGGAUGCUGACACAUCGUUCAGGUCUAUUUACGAUGAGGAGCGUGGGCCUGGUAGCGAAAAGAAAGGCAUCACCGAGAGCGUGGAUGGUCUGCACCUUCCUGUGCUCAGCACCGAGUAUCCCAACUUCCACAUCGACCUCGACGAGGCGCUCAAGGCUGCCGAGGCAGAGCUUUGGCGCUGUCCACAAGAAAUGUGCUAGCCACGUAUCUGCUGCCUGAGGGUGAUGUGGUGAAAGAUAUGAACCUGUAUGUAUCCAAAAUUUGUCGAGAAUAAAUACGCG